AUGGAAGGAAUAGAACACAGAACAGUUGAAGUAAAUGGAAUCAAGAUGCAUAUUGCCGAGAAAGGCAAAGAAGGACCGGUUGUUUUGUUUCUUCACGGCUUCCCUGAACUCUGGUACUCUUGGCGCCACCAGAUUGCUGCUCUCGCCUCCCUCGGUUACCGUGCUGUGGCACCAGAUCUACGUGGCUACGGCGACACCGAUGCUCCAGCUUCCGUAACCAGCUACACAGUAUUUCAUAUAGUAGGUGACAUCGUUGCUCUGAUCGAUUUACUCGGUGUUGAACAAGUGUUCCUCGUGGCUCAUGAUUGGGGUGCUGUCAUGGGAUGGUAUUUAUGCAUGAUUCGACCUGAAAGAGUCAAAGCCUUUGUGUGUCUCAGUGUUCCCUUCCUCCGUAGACACCCCAAAAUCAGAACAGUUGAUGGCAUGCAUGCUGCUUAUGGGGAUGAUUAUUAUAUCUGCAGAUUUCAGGAACCCGGCAAAAUGGAAGCUGAGAUGGCUGAAGUUGGUGCUGCAUAUGUGCUGAAAAAUAUCUUCACAACCCGGAAAACCGGUCCUCCAAUAUUUCCAAAGGGAGAAUAUGGAACCGGAUUCAACCCGAAUGUACCGGACACUCUGCCACCUUGGCUCACAGAAGAUGAUCUUGCUUAUUAUGUUUCCAAAUUUGAGAAAACUGGCUUCACUGGAGGAUUGAACUACUAUAGAAACUUUAACCAAAAUUGGGAGCUGCUGGCACCAUGGAAUGGAGUGAAAAUCAAGGUGCCUGUAAAAUUCAUUACCGGUGAUUUAGACAUGGCAUACACCAUGCUUAACUUGAAGGAGUAUAUACAUGGUGGAGAUUUUAAGGAAGAUGUGCCCAAUUUGCAAGAAGUGAUUGUGCAGAAAGGGGUGGCUCACUUCAAUAAUCAAGAAACCGCAGAGGAAAUUGCCAAUCACAUUUACGAAUUCAUCAAGAAGUUUUGA